UCUCUAAUUCGCACCUCCUGGUUGCAGUCAGUCAGCCAGGAGGCACCAAACUGUUAGCAACGAAGCCCAGGCUUUGGGUGACUUCCACUAACUACCCUCUCACUUCCCUACUCCAGGCAUAUUUUGGAGGCGCCAGCGACAGUGGCAGGAUGUGAGAGGAGCGCAGAGCUUACUCCUCGCACUCCUCUCUUUUGAGGGCUGGGGGGGGGGGGGGGGCAGUGGCUUCUGCGCACCCGGCUGGAGGGCUUCGGGAAGCGCUGGAGUGGCUGGCGCAGGAGGGAGGCGGGCGAGCGGGGGGGUUCACGCCAGGCUGCCUGCACCGCAGCCUGGCCGAGCCGGUGGCUCCACUGCUUUCUGGAGCUAGCGUGUCCCGCGAGCGGUGGUAGAACCGCUGACUGGGGUGCCCCGCGUCCUGCGUCCCGCGUCCCAGCGUGGCGCGCACCGUUCGGCGUGAACCAGGUGCGGCUGGAAGGAGGCAGCACCAAAGCUAACUCGCUCCGAAGAAUCUUGGAGGCGGGCACCUUCGAGAAUCCAGUCACUGAACUGAGAAGUGGGACCUGCCAUUCUAACUAAAGGGUCUAAUGAUUUAGAAACCCUCCUAUAACCUGUCCCCUCUCCGGUUCAUUCCGAAGUCCACGGAAGCGUCACUGAACUCCAGGAAUCUUCUGAACUUCCCAGGUAUCCUCUCUGGCUAAGGACUGGGAGUGGAGUGAACCUGGUGGGAGACUUUGCUUCAGAGGCUUGGGAGACACGGUCUUCCAACCGCCUCCUCCAUCCCACUCAUCUCUGGACAGCUUUACCGGCUGCCCUGGAAGCCAAAGCCUGCGCUCUUCUGAACUCUGCUCUUCAUCUCGCCCUGGACAUGGAACUACACGCCUGAAAUCUGCUGGACCUUGCUGGUUGCUUUGCAAGACUCAGCUGUCAGAAAACGUGCACAAUGAAGCUGCCACUUCUUCUGGCCCUGGUGGUCUGUUCUGCAGUCAGUACAAAUUUGAAGAUGGUGUCAAAGAGAAAUUCUGUGGAUGGCUGCAUAGAUUGGUCGGUGGAUCUCAAGACAUACAUGGCUUUGGCAGGUGAACCGGUCAGAGUGAAAUGUGCCCUUUUCUACAGUUAUAUCCGCACCAACUACAGCAUGGCUCAGAGUACGGGGCUCAGGCUCAUGUGGUACAGAAACAAAGGUGACUUGGAAGAGCCCAUCAUCUUUUCAGAGGUCAGGAUGAGCAAAGAGGAAGAUGCCAUAUGGUUUCAUUCAGCCGAGGCACAAGACAGUGGAUUCUACACUUGUGUUUUAAGAAACUCCACAUACUGCAUGAAGGUGUCAAUGUCCUUGACUGUUGCAGAGAAUGAAUCAGGCCUGUGUUACAAUAGCAGGAUCCGCUACUUAGAGAAAUCUGAAGUUACUAAAAGAAAGGAGAUCUCCUGCCCCGACAUGGACGACUUUAAGAAGUCUGAUCAGGAACCUGAUGUUGUAUGGUACAAGGAAUGCAAGCCAAAAAUGUGGAGAAGCAUAAUAAUACAGAAGGGAAAUGCUCUUCUCAUCCAAGAAGUUCAAGAAGAAGAUGGAGGAAAUUAUACAUGUGAACUUAAAUACGAAGGAAAACUUGUAAGACGAACAACAGAAUUGAAAGUCACAGCUUUACUCACAGACAAGCCUCCCAAGCCAUUGUUCCCCAUGGAAAAUCAGCCAAGUGUUAUAGAUGUCCAGCUGGGUAAACCUCUGAACAUCCCUUGCAAAGCUUUCUUUGGAUUCAGUGGGGAGUCUGGACCAAUGAUCUACUGGAUGAAAGGCGAGAAGUUUAUUGAAGAACUAGCAGGUCACAUUAGAGAAGGUGAAAUAAGGCUCCUCAAAGAGCAUCUUGGAGAAAAAGAAGUGGAGUUGACACUUAUCUUUGACUCAGUGGUGGAAGCUGACUUGGCUAAUUAUACCUGCCAUGUGGAGAACAGAAAUGGACGGAAACAUGCCAGUGUUCUACUGCGGAAAAAGGAUUUAAUCUACAAAAUUGAGCUUGCAGGGGGCCUGGGAGCAAUCUUUCUGCUACUUAUACUACUACUGGUGGUCUACAAAUGCUACAACAUAGAACUGAUGCUUUUCUACCGACAGCGUUUCGGGAGUGAUGAAACUACUGAUGACAACAAGGAAUAUGAUGCGUAUCUCUCUUACACAAAAGUGGAUCAAGAUACUUUGGACUGUGACAAUACUGAGGAAGAGCAGUUUGCUCUUGAAAUACUGCCAGAUGUCCUAGAAAAACACUAUGGAUAUAAACUCUUCAUCCCAGAAAGGGAUCUGAUUCCAAGUGGAACAUAUAUUGAAGAUCUCACAAGAUGUGUUGAGCAAAGCAGAAGACUAAUUAUCGUGCUAACUCCAGACUAUAUUCUUAGACGGGGAUGGAGUAUUUUCGAACUGGAAAGCAGACUCCAUAACAUGCUAGUCAGUGGAGAAAUCAAAGUGAUUUUGAUUGAGUGUACAGAAUUAAAAGGGAAGGUGAAUUGCCAGGAAGUGGAAUCGCUAAAGCACAACAUCAAACUUCUGUCACUGGUCAAGUGGAAGGGACCCAAAAGCAGCAAAUUAAAUUCUAAGUUUUGGAAGCACUUAGUGUAUGAAAUGCCGAUCAAGAAAAAAGAAAUGCUGUCCCACUGCCAUGUUCUAGACUCUGCAGAACAGGGUCUUUUUGGAGAACUUCAGCCUAUACCUUCAAUUGCCAUGACGAGUACCUCAGCCACAAUGGUGCCAUCUCAAGCUGAUCUCCCUGAGUUCCAUCAUUCAGAUUCAAUGCAAAUGAGGCACUGUUGCAGAGGAUACAAACAUGAGAUGCCAGCAAACACCCUGUCAGUACCCUCCUUGGGCAACCACCACACUUACUGUAACUUGCCACUGACACUACUCAAUGGACAGCUACCCCUUAAUAAUUCCAUAAAAGAGACUGAGGAAUUUUCAAGGAAUAAUCCACUUCUGCCAUUAUCAUCCAAAGAGCUAAGCUUCACCAGUGAAAUUUGGUAGCAGGGGAAAAAUCUCAAUUCUUCGGCACAACUAUACGAGAAUAUGAAAUUUCUGCUAUACUAAGAACAAAUUAUACCUAAAAACAUUGAGGUGCUGAAAAGGUGAAGAAAAAGGCACAACAGUCAUGUUUAUACUUAAAUUUUUUAUUUACAUUUAUAGAAUAGUAGGGGAGUAAAAGGUCUUGCUUUUGUAGUAUGGCACCUUGUCACAAUGUACAGAUUUGACUUUUCCUGGAAAAAAAUUGAAUUGUGUCCUUUUCAAGUAGGUUUUAUGGCACCAUAUGGACUGCCCAUGUUUAGGAGUUUAGCAUUUAAACUGUAUUUUUCAGAAAAA